AUGUUCCUAAGCUUAAUGCCUUAUUGGAUAUCCCACACCAUGUACGGGUUAUUACUAGAAAAUAUGGCGGAGUACAUCCGCCAGACGUACGGGGAAGAGAGGUGGGAAGAUAUCAGAAGGCAGGCUGGCGUCGAACAGCCAUCGUUUUCAGUACAUCAAGUGUACCCAGAGAACUUGAUUACGCGAUUGGCUAAAAAGGCACAAGAAGUCCUAGGAAUAUCAGAACGCGAAUUCAUGGAUCAAAUGGGAGUGUACUUUGUGGGCUUUGUCUCACAAUAUGGCUAUGACAGAGUUUUAUCAGUUUUGGGCCGUCAUAUGAGAGAUUUCUUAAAUGGAUUAGACAAUUUACACGAGUACCUGAAGUUCAGUUACCCUAGAAUGAGAGCGCCUAGUUUUAUUUGUGAAAAUGAAACUCGUCAAGGAUUAACAUUGCAUUAUAGAUCGAAGAGGCGUGGAUUCGUAUUUUACGCUAUGGGACAAAUAAGAGAGGUCGCUCGACAUUUCUAUCACAAGGAGAUGCGAAUAGAGUUACUUCGAGAGGAGUUACUCUUCGACACUGUGCACGUGACCUUCCAGUUGACCUUUGACAACCGUGCCUUCACAUUAGCUUCGCUGGCUAUGACGAGGGAAGAAAAACACCUACCUAUCAGUGCAUCUGUACUAUUUGAAAUAUUUCCCUUUUGUAUUGUUUUUGGUUCCGACAUGGUGGUUCGAAGUAUCGGCAACUCCCUUAUGGUCAUUUUACCAGACUUGGUUGGGAAGAAGAUUACCAAUUGGUUUGAUUUAGUGCGACCACUCAUUGCAUUUAAAUUUCAAACGAUCUUAAACCGUACCAACAACAUCUUCGAGCUUGUAACAGUAGAAGCUGUUAUGCAUGACAAAGCGCCAGACAAAAGAAAUGAGCUAAUCCGACUCUCAGAUGAGUCCGAUUGCACCACUGAAAAGAAUUUAAGAUUAAAAGGCGGAACUCCAAAGAAACGUUUUGCGUACGAUGGAAGAAAAUUACCUGAUGUUAUAAAUUUACAUCUCAAAGGUCAAAUGAUAUAUAUGGAUAACUGGCGUAUGAUGAUGUACCUGGGCACUCCUGUGAUGCCGGACCUCGCUGCACUGGUCUCCACUGGCCUUUACAUCAAUGAUCUAUCCAUGCAUGACUUCAGCAGGGAUCUCAUGCUGGCCGGAACUCAGCAGUCUGUGGAACUGAAGCUAGCAUUAGAUCAAGAACAACAGAAGAGUAAGAAGUUAGAAGAGUCUAUGCGGAAGUUGGAUGAAGAGAUGAAAAGGACAGACGAACUGUUAUAUCAGAUGAUACCAAAGCAAGUUGCUGACAGAUUACGUAAUGGAGAAAAUCCUAUCGAUACAUGCGAGAUGUUCGACAGCGUUUCAAUCUUAUUCUCGGACGUGGUGACCUUCACGGAGAUAUGCUCAAGGAUCACUCCGAUGGAAGUGGUCUCGAUGCUAAACGCCAUGUACUCUAUAUUCGACACCCUCACUGAGAGAAACCGUGUGUACAAGGUAGAGACAAUAGGUGAUGCAUACAUGGUAGUAUCUGGCGCACCGGAAAAGGAAGACAAUCAUGCUGAAAAAGUUUGCGACAUGGCUCUCGAUAUGGUUGAAGCGAUUACUGACCUCAAAGAUCCUAGCACUGGGUCCCAUUUAUCAAUCAGAGUAGGGGUACAUUCCGGGGCAGUAGUCGCCGGUAUAGUUGGCUUGAAAAUGCCUCGCUACUGCCUCUUCGGAGACUCUGUAAACACAGCAUCCCGAAUGGAGUCCACGUCUGAAGCCAUGAGGAUCCAUAUCUCACAAACAACACAAGAAUUGCUCUCACCAUCGUAUAUUGUCACUGAACGAGGCGAAAUACAGGUCAAAGGCAAAGGCGCAAUGAAAACAUACUGGCUAGAAGAUCGAGAAUCACGACCUUCCCUUACAAAAGUGAUAUCCAAACAGAUACAACCAGUUUCUGAGUUAGAGUGGGAAAGAGCGGCCGACGUCAGGGACAGUAUUGCUGAGCAUUCAGCACAAAAUCUAAACAAAGACAACACAAAUAAUAAAGAACUUAAUCUAAAUAAAGAAUUAAACUAUUAUCAUCCUAACUCCAUCAAUUCUGGACCUAAUUCCUUAAACAAUAACGUUCCAAAUCAAAUAACAUUCCCAUCGCCAACUAUGAAGAAUCAAAGUGCUAUGACGUCACCUGCGGAAGAGAGACGGAUGUAUUCUCCCGUCACAUUCCAAGAUGUCGCUAGACGAAGUAUCGCGAAUUCACCCAAUAGAACUGAAAAAGACAAAGAUAUUCGGCCAUUUCCAGAGUCGAGAUCAACUUCGGCAAGUGUGGGCGGAGCGUGGACGGACGCUGAGUCCUUGGAACCACAAAGAACUCUUGACAGUUUAAAUUCGUCUUUCUGUUACAGUUCGACGUCCCCUUGCAGAGCCGGAACCGCGCCAGCAUCUAAAGACCACGAUAAUGACUUCUUUACCGAAUCAGUGUGCGUAGCACGAACUUCGCCCGCACACUCUGCCCCGGCCACUGCGCCGGAGCGCCCGCGCACUGCCUCGCCGGCGCCGCGACAAAGCAUCGAUGAUAUCGAAACUGACACGGAAUAUCAAGAUGCACACACAGACGUCGGCCACAUUUGCGCUGAGCCGGAAAACGUUGAACCUCCCAAACAAGGCAAAGUAGGCAGAUUUAGGGCUCGAAUAGCACCAGGGCAUCAUAAAUCAAGUACAUCUGUAAAACAAACUAAUAAAGAUUCUAUGAAGUCAAAACAAAUACCAGGUAACAACGUUCAGCCGCAUGGACAUCAUCAUACGAAAAAUGUUAACCACCACCAAUGCUGUGGAGCUUUUGGAAACCCUCAUGUAAGACAUAAGACAAGUAAUUCUAACUGUCAUUUAAUA